CCGAAGCCGGCUGUCUCCGCCUUCCCGGGUCUCCGUGCCCUUUUCCCCUGAGUCCUGGUCCACGAGUUGGAUUUGCUGCCGCCGGGAGCCAGCCUCACGCCGUUCCGUGUCCCUCGGCCCCCGAAGAGCGCCGGCCUCCCCGCGAGGAAAGAGGAGAAAAUGCCAAAAAAAAAGACUGGUGCAAGGAAGAAGGCUGAAAACCGCCGAGAACGWGAAAAACAACUAAGAGCAUCAAGAAGCACUGUAGAUUUAGCUAAACACCCAUGUAAUGCUUCAAUGGAAUGUGACAAGUGUCAGAGGCGGCAGAAGAAUAGAGCAUUUUGCUAUUUUUGUAAUUCUGUACAGAAGUUGCCAAUAUGUGCACAGUGUGGAAAAACAAAGUGCAUGAUGAAGUCUUCGGACUGUGUCAUAAAGCAUGCUGGCGUAUACAGUACUGGCCUUGCCAUGGUGGGUGCAAUAUGUGACUUCUGUGAAGCUUGGGUUUGCCAUGGUAGGAAGUGUCUCAGUACACAUGCCUGUGCCUGCCCUCUGACUGAUGCUGAGUGUGUUGAAUGUGAACGAGGUGUAUGGGACCAUGGAGGCAGGAUAUUUAGUUGUUCUUUUUGCCAUAACUUUUUGUGUGAAGAUGAUCAAUUUGAGCAUCAAGCCAGCUGCCAGGUUUUAGAGGCAGAAACAUUUAAAUGUGUCUCAUGCAAUCGUCUUGGUCAGCAUUCAUGUCUUCGUUGUAAGGCUUGUUUCUGUGAUGAACAUACAAGGAGUAAGGUGUUUAAGCAGGAAAAAGGAAAACAGCCUCCUUGCCCUAAAUGUGGACAUGAAACUCAGGAAACAAAGGAUCUKAGCAUGUCAACACGCUCACUGAAAUUUGGCCGUCAGACUGGAGUUGAAGAGGGSGAUGGAGCUUCUGGUUAUGAUGCUUAUUGGAAGAACCUUUCAUCCGACAAGUACGGUGAUGCAGGCUACCGUGAUGAGGAUGAUGAUGAAUAUGACGCAGAGGAUGACGAAGAGGAAGAAGAUGAAGGUGGAAAGGAUUCAGAUGCUGAAUCAUCUGAUUUAUUUACUAAUUUGAAUUUAGGAAGGACCUAUGCCAGUGGCUAUGCUCACUAUGAAGAACAAGAGAACUAGGGGAGCUGCUUGCCUGUUGGUGGUUGUGUAUGACAAGAGCCAGGAGCACAUGUCAUGAGGAAUCAUGUGGCUGUUCAGAAGUACUAGCACUUGACCUUGUUCUAUUACCAGUCCCACGAGACUAAGGAGUAGGGCACAGCAUUUUUAUAGGAACUGAUAAUCAGGCUUUUAAUAUGAGAGAAAUGAGUUUCAAAUGUAAGACAUUUAUUGAUCCAGGCAAAUGWAGUAUCAUAGAUUAGAUUGCUACUGAUUUUAGUAAUUUCAUAGUUUUUGCCAAUCACAUACAUAUAAAGGAAUAAAAUGGUAAUAUAUUUAUUUGAAAUUAAAUUACUGUUUUUAUUAAAGGAGCACUGCUUAGAAAUUCACUGUGUCUCRUUUCGUAAAAUGUAAUGGGUAAAAUGGAUUACUGUAUUUUUUCCUUUAUGUCUGUCCUCAGAAUGAAAGUCAUGUGUUAUUAUAUUCUAAAUUUUCAUUAAAUACUCAUGUUGUUAGUAGUCA